CUAAAUACAUGAGCUUUGAGCAUGGUUAAAUUUGUCUACCUAUCAUGUUAUGUGUGUAAGGAUCCUCUUGUAGAUCCUGUAGCACUUUCUUGCGGUUAUACCGUUUGUCGAGACUGUGUUGAUAUUAUACCACAGAAAGUAUUCCAUUGUCCCGUUCCAGACUGUAAUCAGCCAUCACAUCUAUUCGGACGAAGCCUUCAUCCCGACACCACUGUUUUCGCCAUAUCUCGCUUAAUCACAAAUACAGCCCACCCUUCUUCAGAAUUAUCAUCACAUCUUACCCAGAAAUCAAGUGCAUUAUCAACAAUCAUGGAGUGUAUGCAUUGUCACGACCCAUUUUCAGAUCCAAUAACCACUCACUGUGGCCACACUUUUUGCCGUCUAUGUGCCUUGUUCCUCAAAGCAACUAAAAAUCAUUGUUCAGCGUGUAAACUCCCAUUACCUCGUUACACUUCUCUUGUUAAUCAGCCAAGUAACCGCAUGAUAAGUCAACUAAGCAAGAAGCUAUUCCAAGACACUCAACGUAGAACCAGUCGCGAUCUUGGAAGCAGUAAUAGGCAUAAAUCUGUGGUGCUGUACGUUUCUCAAGCAAUUAUUUUACCUCACCAACGCUUUCGCCUACCCGUAAUGCCUGAAGAUAGAAGCCGCUUUCAAACAUGCUUGUUAAAAUCCUCGCGGUAUGAUAAUGUCUGUAUCGGAAUGGUUUACUGUGGUACCAAGCUUAGCUUGAUGGGUACCCUUGUAAAGAUUCUUGCUGUCGAGCAUCGAUCAGACGGUAUUCUAUUGGUUGAUUUAGCUGGCCUCGAUAGAUUCCAAGUCCUUGAUCACAGUCCUUAUAUCAAAGAGGAUACCGAUACCAGCCUCUUAGCUACAAUCAACAUCCUACCUGAAAUCCACUUAUCUGAAGAUUGCGUUGGGUUCCAAACUAUCACAGACACAGAACUUAGCUCGCAGUCAUCUCUUACUGAAGAUGAGACUAAUGAAGAGAGUUCAUUGAGUGUUGAUGUAGUUGAGAUUGGACGCCCAUUGUGGGCAGCAGAUAUUAUGCCUCAACAAGAUGACACCUUUAACUCUAUUGACUUACCAGAUGACGAGACAGAAUCUAUGACAAUUACAAUUCGCGACUUUAUUCACCGUCUUGCAAGCCCGCCUGUGACAGGAUGCAAAGCAUCAACAGAGGGCUUAUUUGGUCCAACAUGGUUUACAAACAUUCAGAUCUUACAUGGUGAUAUGCCUCCACUCUCCAGAUCAGCUGCAUUGUGUUGGUGGGUUUCAUUCGUAUUACCAAUCCUGAAUAAGGAUAAACUGCGACUGUUGAAAACGUUACCAUUAAAGAGUCGCUUGGCGCUAGUGUUGUCCUGGAUUGACCGCCUGGAACAACAAUGGACGUUUCGCUCAGAUAGUCUACCAGUGUCAACAAAGGCUAUGUAACAUAAACAUGAACAUGAACAUAUUAUACUAUAUACAGCCGUUUUUAUCUUCUCCAAACAAUCAUUCACAAACUGUUUAAGUCAAUAUACAAGAAAAAAAAAGUGUAGGAAAACACACGGAUGCACACACUGACUCAGACACACUACACAUAUAUGUCUUUUGCUUGUUUGUUUGUUUUAUAUAUAAAGAGGUUCAAUUUUUGUUUAAUCUAUCACAUUUGUUGUUGUUGUUGUUGUCGUAGUUAUUAUUAUUAUUUUCUACCAGUCGAUUUGAGAUGCAUCUUCAUCGUCGUCGGUAUCUUCAUUUUCAGAGGACGAUGCGGCUGUCUCGGAAGCAUUUUUUGGAGGUGCUGAACCAAGAAAAGAAAAAUUAGAUUUGUUGAACACUUUUUAAAAUAAUAAAAUUUGAUUACCCUUUG